GGCACUUGCCGGGAGCCCCGCUCUAUAAUAAUAGUAGUAGCCAAAUUAAGCUUCGGGAAGAAGGAUCUGGAACGCGGGAAGAAAGAAAUGAAUUGUGAAUAGGGCUGAGCAGGGAUGAGAAUUGGGGGAGGAGGAGGCGAUAAUCGCUGCACAAUCGCCUGGACGGGUUCUAGAAGUAUAUAAAAUGGGAAAUGACUGAAAUAGAAAACACUCCUUUGCCGAGCUGUGCAUCUGCAGGCCGUGCAUCUGCAGGCUCUGCCAGUGUGCACAUUGCACCGAGUGUCAAGCUGCAGCCAGUCCACAUCUGUGAGCUUUACUGCAUCUGUCACCUGCCGAGCGAGACUGGCAGUGACUAGUGUGAACUUGGCGUGCUUAUGGUUAAGAAGAAUGGCCUAGAAUUGUGGCUUGUGUAUGAAGCUCAGAUUCCGUGAGGUCAUUGAAAAAGGGGAAUGGAAGGAGGGCAUUCAGACUUUGGCCAGAAUUCGCAGGCUCUUUCCAAGUUUGAGAAAAUAGCAAGCAGUCCAUUCAAAUCAAGAGUGACUUUUAGCACUGUCUGGUUGAAAGAAUUAUUUAGGGUUUAAUACGCCCAGUUAAAUAUUCAUCAGUCUGUGUUCUUCAGACUUGCAUCACAGACUACUUAGGAGACUGAGGCGGGAGAAUGUGAGUCCAAGGCCUGCUUAGGUACAUAAUAGUAAGUUUCCUGCACUAGAUACCUGCCUCAGAAAACAAAACAAAACUGAAUUUCCCAUCGGUAGUAAAGUUCCUCUGUGGUCCGGAAAGGUUACAUUCUACAGUAAUAACAUUUUUAUGGUCAGUAGGACCAAGGCUCUUCAUACAAAGUUGAAGAUUAAUGAUGGAAACAGCAUUGAUAAUUUUCUAGGCAAUAUGUUGACCACAGGUUCAGUUGCUAAGCCUGGCUUCUCCUAAGCCAAAGGAUGUCGCUGUUACUGCCAGGCCUCUUGUAUAUUCUGUGCUCCCAAAAUGAGUGCCAGGAACUGUAAUGAUCUAGAGCUGUGUGCUUUCUUGAAGAGGAGCCAGGCAGGGUACAGUUUUUAAGUCCUUGUUUCAUUGUAAGCUUCUAACUGGGACUCUGGGGUCCAGUGUUGUUAGUUGAAGUACUUUCAGAUUGACAAGGAGAUCAGCAGCUUCCCUUUAAAAGGACUGGAGAUUUGAACACUGAGAUGAAAAAGUCAGUAUUUCAGAAGCCAGGGUGAGACUUUUGCUUCUUAUUUUUAUUUUAUUAUUCUGUGGAGGCUACUUGGUGAUCAUCCACUGUGGGUUGUAGUGCCAGCCUUGGAACUUCUCAGUGUGUAUCCUAAGGAACUCCCUGCACAUCAGCGUUUCCAUUAGACUUUCUUCACCUGGACUGUUUGCUGAGCCCUCUGUCUUCUGUGGUCCCUGAAUGCUGGAUGUGAUCUUCGUGGUGGGAAACCAAGUUUCUAAACUACCCCAAUGGAUGCAGACAGUGAUGUUGCAUUGGACAUUUUAAUUACAAAUGUAGUCUGUGUUUUUAGAACAAGAUGCCAUUUGAACUUAAGGAAGAUUGCUUUGGAGGGAGCAAAUGUAAUUUAUAAGCGUGAUGUUGGGAAAGUAUUAAUGAAGCUUAGAAAACCUAGAAUUACAGCUACAAUUUGGUCCUCAGGAAAAAUUAUUUGCACUGGAGCAACGAGUGAAGAAGAAGCUAAAUUUGGUGCCAGACGUUUAGCCCGUAGUCUGCAGAAACUAGGUUUUCAGGUAAUUUUUACAGAUUUUAAGGUUGUGAAUGUUUUGGCAGUCUGUAACAUGCCCUUUGAAAUCCGUUUGCCAGAAUUCACAAAGAACAACAGACCUCAUGCCAGCUAUGAACCUGAACUUCAUCCUGCUGUGUGCUAUCGGAUAAAGUCUCUAAGAGCUACGUUACAGAUAUUUUCAACAGGAAGUAUCACAGUGACAGGGCCCAAUGUAAAGGCUGUGGCCACAGCCGUGGAGCAGAUCUACCCAUUCGUGUUUGAAAGCAGGAAGGAGAUUUUGUAACUCAGACUUCGUUGGUUAGAGUCUCUAACUGAGCACCAUUUGAAACCUGCUGCACAUUGGACUCAAAACACAAGGAAAACUGGACCAACAGUGACUGAGGACAGAGACUCGUACUCACGGCUACAGUGUAAGCUCCAGUCUCUUUGGAUUUUACUUCAACCUUUGCUGUAAUAUAAAAAGGAAGUUUACAAGACAUGACAUUGCUGCUUUUACAAAAGGACGUUCUAUUUAUUUUCGCAGUGAUCUCAUGUCCCCACAGGCAGAGCUGUCGCAGUGUGCACUACCUUACAGUUGUUUUAUUGAUGUCAUUAUUUUUCCAGUUGGAGCUAAUGUGUUUGAUUUGUGAAUAGUCUUUUACAUUUUUGUAUGCUGAAUAUAGGCACCAAAGAACCUGUAAACGUUAUCUUUUUAAAUUGAAUGUGCACAAAUAAAAGUUUGGAAAAGAUCUCUCUUCAUAUCCAUUCUGUAACUUUUAUUCACUAUUUCCUCUUUUAAACAACUGUAUUCAUUUUUUUUUUUUAAAUCUAUGCAGGCUUAGACAUUGGCUAAAAGUGUGUGGACUUCUUUUUGAAUAAUGUGGAUGCUACAUGUAUAUAGUAUCUUUUCAUGCUCUGUUACCAAAUAUCAACUAGAAUUUUUUCCUGGCAGAUUGGAAGUAAAAACCAUGUAUAUAAGCUCUGGGUAACUAGGGUAGAACUCCAGAUAAAUGAUGAUGUUUGUGUUACUAAUUUAAUAUGAUAGAAAAUGUUAAAUGCAUUUUAAAAGCUAAGAAGUUGUAGUUGAAGAGAGGCCGUUACCUGUCUAGGUGGACAUGAGUAACAUGUCCCAGUUUUAUUCUGGAAAGCCCAGCUGUAGGUGGAGGAAGCAGUUGAGGCUCCUGUUACCCUUAGGUUGAUGCUCAAGGCUGUACUAAAAGUCUUGUCAGAAAUUGGUUAACAUUGUGUUUUAACAAGAAAUGCCCACAGGCUGUGUCUGUGCCACUGUGUGGUUCCAGCUCGACUUGACCCUGAGAACCGCUGGCAAGUGCGCUCGCCAUGUCUGAAUAGUGCAGGUGAAGGGCGACUGGAGGACUGAGGGAAGCCACCCUUAAACUUCCAUUCUAUGAGACAGGGCCCUCAGCCAUGCACGGACUCUGGAUGGAAAGGCAGGGUCAGGCAGGUGCUUAGUGUGGCCAGGGGUGGCUCUACCUACAGAUAAGUCAGGUGGAGUCAAAACAGAUUCUCUGUACAAACUGAACAUUUCCCACGAAGCUCUGACUUACUGUUUUACUUUUGAAAGGUUUGCAAAGGCUUGCGACAUCUGCACCAUGUUAUAAACCUUACAAAGCUAACUUAGGCACUGGCUGAACAGUGCAUAAGAUUCUACGUUCAGUUUUGUUUUCUUAAAGCUUUCUCAUACCCUGCCUCUCGGCCUCUUCAGAACGUGGGAACAAAGGCGAGCUUUUUACAUUCGCUUGUUCCAUAGUUUUAAUUGUGACUUUUUUAAGCCUUCGAUUUUUUUUAAAAAUUGUUUUUAUAUUUGGGUUUGGUUUUUCUUUUUCUUUUUUUUUUUUUUUUUUUUUUUGGCUUUGUUUUAAGAUUAUCAAAAUUCAGAGGUAGAGGCAGACUGCUUUAAAACCAUGAGAGUUUACCACUUGUUUUGACAGUGAAUUCCUGUUUUGCAAUGUUCAGAAACAUGUGUGAGGCAGAAACUCUGUUAGGGGAGAUAACAUUUUCAGCGUUCAGUGACCUGAAAGCCAGGCAGAGCUGAAGCUCUUGGGAAGUGUGCAGAGAGCAUGGCCGACCUGGGCUCACCUGCACGGGCACAGUCUGGCAGCUUCCUGCGUGGGCUACAGAACCAGCUGGGAAGGAGUGAGUGGGUCUCGAGUCGCCUGGUUUUCUACAAGUACUGUAAAAUUUUUUAUAUAAAUAAAAACUGUGAAUAUAUACAUACAA